CAUCAACUGGCGGGGGAAAGAGGAGAGGACACGGAGAAAAUAAGUAGCUUUAAUUAAAACACCAAAGUGACUUUUCCAAACAACCUUUUGGAGUAAUUUCAGGCGUCCUUUUAACAUUUUCAAACUCACUUGCAAAUGUUCUGAGAGCAGAUAGUGUCACAUGGAGGCUAUUGUAAAGAACGUGGAGCGGACCACGGAGCUACUCGCUGUGUCGCAGACAGAGACGGUGCAGCGGUGGGACAAACAGACCCUGGACAGAGCCUUUCAAUGGACUCAGUACUGCCAACACGUCUACACAAGGUUCCAUGCAAAUCCGACCGUCAGGGACAUCUUGGAAAAACAACUACAGGUGACAAACGAAAGUUUACGAACAACUUUUCAUGGGUAUACGGACAUCACGUUUUCUGACCUGUCGCAGUGUCAACACUUGCUGCUUGUGGGGUUACUAAACAACGCCGCUGUUCCGAGCUCAGUCGUCAAACUACUUUUCGACACUAUAACUGUUGGAGGUAAAUAUAAGGACGCCACCGGUCAUUGCACUGAACUCAUAGAAGUGAAAUCAGCAUGUAAAGUCUUAAGCGCCAUUCAUUUGAAACGCAGUACGUCCUUUCCCGGUCCCGAUGCUGACGUGUUAGGCAUGACACUGAGGGAGAUGUUGGAUAUCCUGCUAUCUCCAGCUACUGGCGGGUCCAAGGUGGGCCUAGCAGAGAAGUUAUUGGACAACCUCUUACAAACCUGUGGUGAAAAUGAAAACUUCCCAGGAGUCGUUGCUGCUGCUCUUCUGUCAAGGAAAAACGACAAAACGGCAACAACAACAAAAAUGGCUCCAGAAGGAGUUUCAUUCCACUUGAUCCUGGAUUGGCUGCAGCAACACCACAGUUUACUCCAUAAUAUGUGUUCCACGUUGCCUAUUGGUAUUUUGAUGGACCUCCACCAGCAGUCGGUGAGGUUUAGAGUGACCUACGGUAACAUGUUGAAGCAAUGGGGGUCACAGUUGGAGUAUGACGUGGGAGAAGGAGAGUGGGUUCAAAUGUAUACCACCGACGGGGUGUCGUUCAAGACACUGUCUGACCAUUAUAGGUCGUUGCUAGGGGCUUGUCCGUCAACAAAGGAGGACGUUGAGAGAGAGCUGACAGAACUGAAGGUUGCAGAUGGGGACUUUGAUGUUAGAGGUCUGAGUGUUUGGGGUGACCUCCUCUCUGAGCUGAACAAGGUCUGAGUGUUUGGGGUGACCUCCUCUCUGAGCUGAACAACGUCUGAGUGUUUGGGAUGGUCUUUUUUUUUUUACCUGAAACAUGAAUGAUCUAAAAACGUGUAAAACAUGUUGCCAUCAGUUGAGACACAACAUGUUCUUGAGUACAGGGUGAUGCAACAAAUUUAAAAGGAAAUCAGAGUAUAUGUUUUUAGAUAAUUGACAUUAAUUUAAAGUUUAUUUUUAUUUUUUUAUUAAUAAAAAACAUAUACAAAUAAACUAAAACAGUUUGACAACUCUGUUUGUAAGCUUGUAAAUGAAAUGAAACAACCUUUUAUCUUUUCCAGUAAUGAAGACAUUACUGGAAAAGUAAUGGGGUAUGCAGAAUAGUGAAGACUACUGGAAAAGUAAUGGGGUAUGCAGAAUAGGUCAACUUUGAUCACUUUUUAUCUCCUGAAUGUUUUGGUAACUUUCUGACCACUUCCCUCCUUGGGCAAACAUGUAUGGAAAGUUUUUUUUAAAUGUUUUAAAAUGAAAGCUGUCAAAAGGUGAAUUGAAAUGGAUUUACCCCCUCUUGAGCAGAACAAAGCCAUGUGUAGCCUCAUCAGUAUCCUGUCAUCGGGCAGUCAGUUGGACAAAUGUGGACGAUUGGCCUCGUUAGAUACAAUUGAUUUAAAUUGAUUUGUUAAUUUUGUGCUAAUACAUUCAUAUACGUUUUUUAUCUAGAACAUAAUAAAGAGGACUUUCAUUA